CGCUGGCCAGCCAAAUGUGGAGGGCCUCAUCCCCAUCAUCAUGGCCGUCGCCGUACCAUCUUUUGAACUGCUUGAGGACGCUCAUGAGUCUGAGGUCUAUCUCAAGCAUUUAGUAACUCCGAUCAUUGACGAGCACCGCGAUGCGUCACGCACCUCUCGAGGCUCCUCUUGCCCAGCAGACCCGGCCCUGGGCAUUCCGCCAACUCCUACUCUAAGAACCGCCAUAGAUGCUACCUCACACAUUCUGGCCUCGACAUUUAGCUCCAAUAACGACGGAGUGCAGACCGAAACAACCGCAGACGUUAGUGGUGGCCAGGAUCUCGGAUGGAUUUCUAACGGAGACUGGAUGGCUUUUAACAACGUGGACUUCUACGCUAGUGGCCUAACCCAGUUCAUUACUCGAGUUUCAUCUGGAGCUGCAGCGGGUAUCAGCGGACUUGUGCAGGCCUGCAUUGAUAGUCCUACCGCUGUCCCAGUAGCUAAGUUCGCUAUCGCGAAUACAGGUGGUUGGCAGAGUUGGGAGACUAUUCCGGCAAAUUUGACUCCUGUGUCUGGAGUGCUUACUUUGUACUUGACUUUUGCGAGUGGGCAGUCGAGUGACUUUGUGAGUGUUAAUUGGGUUACUUUUAGUUGA